GUUAAUUCCGUGUUCAACCUCUUGUUCAACCAGAUCCUGGUACAAAACACUGGGGCGUUUUUUGCAGAAAGACAGAAAAAACUACAAAGGAUAAAUCAUGGCUGGAGCCGACCUUGAUGUCCCAGCGAAGGAACUUUCCAUCAGUUGUGAAGCAGAAUUCAAAGAAUACCCAUACAACAAGGAGGUUGACAUAUGGACAUUAGUGACAGUUAAGGCUCCAUGCCAUGAACUGGAAGAAUCCAGAGCACCAAUUGAUAUUGUUGCUGUCAUUGACAAAUCUGGAUCAAUGAGUGGCACUAAGCUUCAGCUUGUCAAAACAACUAUGGAAUUCGUGGUUGGCCAAUUGAAAAGUGACGACAGGCUUUCCAUAGUCACAUAUGACACUAAUGUCACCCUUGAUUUUAAACUGAUGAAAAUGACCAAAGACAACAAAACUUCCUGUUUAGAGAAAAUCCGAAAUAUCUCUUCAGGAAACUCCACAAACCUGUCAGGUGGACUUCUAAAAGGACUUGAACAAAUGGCCGAAAGACAGAAGGACAAAAACGAAUUGGCCUCCGUUCUACUUUUCACAGAUGGACUGGCCAAUCAUGGAAUCACCAGUGCUCAAGGCAUUAUUGCUGCAAUGAGAAACCCAAAUAUGUUUAGCUCACCAUCAAGAAGCAAUAGUGCAAGUCAAGCCCCCAGGCACCAAUCAUGGCUUCAGAGGCUUCAUCUUACAAAAAGUAAAGAACCAACUGAGCAUGUUGAGCAGUCAUCAGCAAAGGAAGAAGAAAAGGAGGAAGAAAAAAAAGAAGCUACUUUGCCAUGCAGUGUUUACACAUUUGGCUUUGGAAAUGAUCAUGACCCAGCCAUGCUCAAAGCUAUUAGCGAUGCAGGCAGUGGCAUGUACUAUUUUGUGGAGAACGAAGACAAGAUUUCAGAAUCUUUUGGUCACUGUCUUGGAGGAUUAUUGAGUACCGUAGGGCAAGGGAUACAGCUGAAUCUGUCUGCACAAGAUGGCGUUAAAAUCAAGGAGAUUCAUGUGAACAGGUCUUAUGAUUUAGCACCAGACGCAAAAAGUUUGAAGGUGGACCUCGGUGACUUGCAGUCAGAGGAAGAGCGCGAUGUUGUCUUGUUGCUGACUGCCAACGCCCUUCCCUCCUCCCUGGAAACGACGCCGCAGCCUUUAAUUGAUGUAGAAGUCAAUUAUUACAAUGUUCUACUGGAGAAAUUGGCUAACACCAGCACCUCCCUUGGUGUGCUAAGAACAAAUAUUGAAGAAAAUAGUGCUGAAAAGGGAAGUGUUGUCGUUAACAAACAAAGAGACAGAAUUCAGACAACUAACGCUAUCAAUACAGCUACUGAAAUGGCUGAUCGAGAUGAUUUUGAAGCGGCAAGACAGGUCAUCGAGCAGCAAGCUAGAAGUAACCGAUCCAAAUCCUAUGCGAAUGAUGAGUAUUUAUGCGCUCUUAAUCAAGAUUUGGAGACGUGUAAUGCUAUGAUGAGCAGCAAAUCAGUUUGGCACAAAAAAGGCAAAAAGGUCCAAAUCAAUAUGGCUCAAAUGCAUGAACAGCAAAGAUGCAGUGAGGUAGAUUCUUCUGAGCGGUAUUAUAAGUCGAGAUCAAAGGCAGCGAUGGGGAACAAAUUCAAAUCACCAAAGUGAUGGCAAUUGGGAAUUCUACAUGCCUAGACGUAUUUACAACGCUACUUUGUAUCAGGGUAAGGAGAUUGACUGCUUCAGGGACACAAUCUUUGGGAUCAACUCGAAUGGCGGCAUUUUGGGAUCAUUGCAACUUAACAUCACACUACUUUUAUGUAAUCACGUUUUUUUGUCAAUAAUUUUGUACACAGUUGGUAGACAAUUUCAUUCAUUUUUCAUUUCCGCACAAUUUUACCCUAUAAUGUGUAUUCAAUCUAGCUAUUUGUCAAAAAUUGGUGUAUUAAUCUUAAAAAAUUUGUACUAAUAUCAAAUUCAACCUAUUUUGUGCUUUCA